AUGCGGGCGGUGGAGCAGAUGGGGAUGGGUUGCGGGGAGCGGAAGCAGCUGUGCGCCUUUAGUGAAGGAUGUGAAAGGAUUGUGAACACGGCUGUCAGCGCAAAUAUUAUUAUAUACUUGACCAAAGAGUACCAUAUGGGAGCUGCAGCUAGUGCAGUGAUUGUAUUUGCCUACCAAGCAGCCACAAAUUUCUUACCUAUCUUUGGGGCUAUUCUGUCUGAUGCGCUAUGGGGCCGCUUUCUCACAAUCUCAGUCACACUUAUUGCGUGCACAAUUGGAGCUGUUCUUCUGUGGUUGACAACAAUGGUUCCAAUAUUGGUCGCAGAAGAUUGUGGAAAUAAAGAUCAGAAUAGCCAGAGUUGUCAAUCACCGACAACAUUACAGCAUUUUGUCUUGCUAACUUCCUUAGUUUUCUUAUCAAUUGGCGCAAGUGGCGUUCGUCCUUGCAGCCUUCCUUUUGGUGUGGACCAGUUUGCUCACUGGAGUGGUGCUAGAAAAGACCGUGCACUCAAAGUUUUAUUUAGCUUGUAUUAUGUAUCAAUGGGUGGCUCAGCAAUUAUUUCUAUAACUCUCAUCGUAUACUUGCAAGACAGACUAGGCUGGAAGAUUGGUUUUGCCAUUUCCGUAGCUAUAAUGGCAUUUGCUACAUUUUUAAACAUUGUAACAUCUCCUAUUUACAUCAAGAUGAAUCCACAGAAAAACACAUGGCUUAGCUUAGUGCAAGUGAUAUUCACUGCUAUAAGGAAUCGACACAUUCAAUUUCCUGAAGCAGGUAACGGUAUGCAAUACCACAACACUGGAGAACUGGAGAUAGUCCCAUCAAGCAAAAUGAGGUUCCUGAACAGAGCAUGUGUGCUGAGGGCGCAUGCAGAUAGUUCUAACAUCGAAGUUCUCAACACCAAUUCGUCGAAUGUAUGUACAGUUGAGCAAGUCGAAGACCUCAAGCGUACACUAAGUAUCAUCCCUUUGUGGUCGGCCAUGAUUACCAGUUUGUUGAUACAACAGGCUUCCUUUAGGGUGCUACAGGCAGACACCAUGGACCGUCAUGUUGGUACCACAAAGUUCCGAAUGCCUGCUGGUUCCAUUCCAAUCUUUGAAGUAAUUACUUUUACAUUGUGGUCAGGGUGCUUCGACAGAUUCAUGAUGCUAUUCCUUCAAAAGAUCACAGGGAAAGUGCUAGUGCUCAGUCAUAAGCAGAGAAUGGGCAUUGGUGUGCUGUUUUCUAUUGCAUCUGCUCUUGCGGCAUCAAUAGUAGAGUCUAUUCGGAGGAAGCAAGCAAUAAAGCAGGGUUUGGAAGGUAACACUGAUGGAAUUGUGAAUAUGUCAGCAUUGUGGCUAGCACCUCAGUGUGUUUUUGCUGGUCUCACCAGUGCAUUUGGAUCCAUAGGACAGAUGGAAUUUUACUAUGCGGUGCUACCGAAGACAAUGAGUAGCUUAGCAAUGGCCCUCCUUCCCCUAGCAAUAGGAGUAGCCAACAUUGUAGGUACGCAUGUACUACUUGUUAAGUGUCUUACUUAA